CGAGAAAACACCGCUUUGGGACAGCCCCUGCUCAUUUCGCUGAAGUGUCGACGAUGGCCGUGCUACGCUUCAUACUCCUGGCGGCGCUCCUGGGUCUUUGUCCCGCUGAAAAGAAAAGAUACGAUGGUUACAAAGUUCUUCGCGUGACGCCGGGUGAUGACUUUCAACUGCAGUCCAUUGUCAACCUGGAACGCAUGUUGGAAGACAAGGUUGACUUCUGGGCCAGUUCGCACCACAUCGGCAAGUCUGUGGAUCUGAUGGUAUCGCCGGAGGACGAGCACUCCGUCCAGGCAUUGCUCGACCAACAAGGCCUGGAAUCCACGGUCUGGAUCAGCGACGUCCAGCAACUCAUCGACGAGACCACCCCGGAGGAACGAGAGGAGAACAUCGCCGGGCUAGCCAACUUCCGAUACGAUCGUUACCAUUCCUUUGAUGACAUUAUCAAAUGGAUGAAGGAUGUUGCCGCUGAACACCCCAACAUUGCUUCCACUCAGGACAUAGGCUCCUCUUACGAGAAGAGGGUCCUUUCUCUUCUGAAGCUCGGAAAGCCUGGGAAUGGCAAACCGAUCUUCUGGCUGAUGAGUGGAACCCACGCCCGAGAAUGGCUGUCGCCAGCUACGCUUUUGAAAAUUGUGGACUUGUUUUUGACAAAUUAUGGGAACGGCAAUUCUGAUGUUGUCAACCUCCUGGACAAAGUGGAUUUCUAUCUCAUGCCGAUGUCCAAUCCAGAUGGCUACGAAUACAGCCGCUCGAGAGAUCGUAUGUGGAGGAAAACGCGUUCAACGGAGUCAUUAUGGUGCACUGGCACGGAUCCGAACAGAAACUGGGAUAUCAACUGGGGAGGCACUGGAUCUAGCGGGAAUCCCUGCUCGCAAACGUAUCGGGGUAGCAGUGCCUUCUCUGAGAUCGAGGUGAAAACAGUAGCGGAUUAUGUCAGAGGUCUCCAAGGGGUCAAAGUGUUUAUAGACUUGCACGCAUACAGCCAAUAUUGGACGGUUCCAUACGGCUACAAAUACGCCCGUCCACCAACCUACACAGACCUGAUGACCGUCACCAACAAAGCCAUGGCAGCUCUGAAGGCAGAACACGGAUUAACCUUCGCCACUGGCACUACUGCUGAAGUAAUAUACUUGGCCAGUGGCAUAAGCGCAGACUGGGCCUACGAGAAAGCUAACAUCCCGUACUGCUUCGCCCCGGAGCUGAGGGACAAAGGCUACUACGGGUUUUUGAUGCCAGAGUCCCAAAUCUUGCCCAGCGCCGAAGAGGUGUUCGCGGCCAUUAAGGUCAUCGGGAACUACAUUAUAUAGCUGAACUUAGCUACGCUGAUCAAUCGCUAGAAAUGGCGCCUAUGCUAGACGGUAAUGGUCAGCGCAUGUUUUUCCAACGGCUAGGGCCCAUUUGAUUAGAAGUGGAUAAACAGGUUAAUUUACAAUUUACAAAGUCAUGGAAUCACCACUUGCUCUCUGGACUAUUUUGGACAUAGAUUAGAUUAGAGUUUAGCUGCUUGAUAGUGUAUGGAGCUGCAAAUUGGAGUUCUUUGCAGCCAUCUCCAGUGCAUUCCUAGCCUGUGUCUGCCUGUUUAAUCAUGAAAGUCGUAAUGGAGAAUUCUGACAGUUGCAAGUUUUACAAAUGCUUGCUUGGCGGCUCGAAGUGAUAUUUCUGUUGGGGUGAAACCUACGCAAAUUAGGUCAAGUUCAUUGUGUGCUCUAUUGCUUCAGGGAAGAUUCAGCA